GGAAAUGGAACUACAGUACAUAAAAGUUUUGAGGACCCUUGCACGGCCACUGUCCAAUGCGCAGAGUUGUUUUUAUACAUUUUAAAUAAUUUGUAUCUGUGCAAAAUGGGUCGCAAGGUUACAUUAGCGACUUGCUCCUUGAAUCAGUGGGCGCUUGAUUUUGAAGGCAACUUGACAAGAAUACUUAAAAGUAUAGAGAUAGCUAAACAGAAAGGAGCCAAAUACAGACUGGGACCCGAGCUGGAAAUCUGUGGGUACGGCUGUGCAGAUCAUUUCUACGAGUCAGACACCCUGCUCCACUGUUUCCAGGUCCUGAAGUCGCUCUUGGAGUCUCCUUUGACCCAAGACAUCAUCUGUGAUGUGGGAAUGCCUGUUAUGCAUCACAACGUUCGAUACAACUGCAGAGUCAUUUUCUUGAACAAAAAUAUACUGUUAAUUCGUCCUAAAAUGCUUUUGGCUAAUUAUGGCAACAACAGGGAAUUCCGAUGGUUUUCACCUUGGAGUCGUCCCAGACAUGUUGAGGAAUACUUUUUACCCAGAAUGAUCCAAGACGUGACAGGGCAGACCACAGUGCCAUUUGGAGAUGGGGUGCUGUCCACCAAAGACACCUGCUUAGGGAGCGAGAUCUGUGCCGAGCUGUGGAACCCCAGGAGUCCACACGUUGACAUGGGUUUAGAUGGUAUUGAGAUCUUCACCAAUUCCUCCGCGAGCUACCAUGAGCUGCGCAAGGCUGACCACAGGGUGAACUUGAUCAAAUCUGCCACCACUAAGAGUGGAGGGAUCUAUCUGUUUGCCAAUCAGAAGGGCUGUGAUGGAGACCGUCUGUACUACGACGGCUGUGCUAUGAUUGCCAUCAAUGGAGAUAUCGUUGCCAGAGGAGCGCAGUUCUCACUCGAGGACGUAGAGGUUGUCACGGCCACUCUUGAUCUGGAAGACGUUCGAAGCUAUCGAGGAGAGAGGUGUCACCCACACAUGGAAUACGAGCACAAACCUUAUGAGAGGAUCAAGGCAGACUUCUCUCUGUCUGACUGUGGUGACAGGUGUCUGCCCACUCAUCAGCCCGUGGAGUGGGUUUUCCACACCCCUGAAGAAGAGAUCAGUCUUGGUCCUGCCUGUUGGUUAUGGGACUACUUAAGGAGGAGUGGACAGGCUGGUUUCCUUCUUCCUCUUAGCGGUGGUGUGGAUAGUUCGUCCACUGCCUGUAUUGUGUACUCCAUGUGUGUGCAAAUCUGCCAAGCUGUUAAAGAUGGCAAUGCUCAGGUGCUGGAGGAUGUGCAGCGGGUGGUCAGUGAUUCGUCCUACAGGCCCGAGGACCCACGUGAGCUGUGUGGACGCCUCUUUACCACAUGCUACAUGGCUAGUGAAAACUCCUCUGAGGACACCCGCGUCCGAGCCAAAGACCUCGCUGCUCAGAUCGGCAGCAAUCACCUAAAUAUCAAUAUUGACAUGGCAGUAAAAGGCAUGCUAGGAAUCUUCUCUAUGGUCACAGGGAAGUGGCCUCAGUUUCGUGCUAAUGGAGGAAGUGCCAGAGAAAACCUGGCACUGCAGAACGUCCAGGCUCGUAUCAGGAUGAUUCUGGCAUACCUCUUUGCCCAGCUGUGUCUGUGGGCCCAGGGGAAACCUGGUGGUCUCUUAGUUCUUGGUUCAGCAAACGUGGAUGAGAGCUUGACUGGAUACUUCACAAAGUAUGACUGCUCUAGUGCCGAUAUCAAUCCCAUUGGAGGCGUUAGUAAGAUGGACCUCAAGUGCUUUUUGCAGCAUUGUGUAAGACGCUUCCAGCUCACUGCCCUCAUAAGCAUUUUGGAUGCUCCACCAACUGCAGAGCUUGAGCCGCUGACCGAUGGAAAGAUCGUCCAGACAGAUGAGGCUGACAUGGGAAUGACCUACUCAGAGCUGUCUGCGAUUGGCAGACUCAGGAAGAUCUCCAAGUGUGGCCCGUACAGCAUGUUUUGCAAGCUGAUCCACUCAUGGAAAGAGACCUUCUCUCCCUCGCAGGUGGCUGCUAAAGUGAAACAUUUCUUUAGGAUGUACUCAAUCAACAGACAUAAGAUGACAACAGUCACCCCCUCUUAUCAUGCUGAAAACUACAGUCCAGAUGAUAACCGUUUUGACCUCCGUCCUUUCCUUUACAACACGCAAUGGACCUGGCAAUUCCGCUGCAUCGACAGUGAGGUGGCUGUGAUGGAGUGAUGUGAGAGGUGUAUGCACAACUAUCAGAAGACAUUGGUCCGUGUUCCAAAGAUUCGUCUCGGCCGCUGAUGUUAUAGUGAGCGCUCAGCGAUUCUCUGCAACUCGUUCUAGUUAUUGUUUUUCUUAGGAUGCAUAAAUCCUAAAUAAUGUCUUCAGUUGUGUUGGCAUUAUAAUGCAAAUAAUCAGGUUUGUAAUUAUCGAUGUUGUGCAUUGUUCAUACGCAUUUUUUCAUAAUUUGCCAAGAAACAACCACAUAUGCCCAGAUCAGUUCAAAUGUGUAACGUAAAAUGACUCUAUGCCCUAUGAAAUUAAAUGACUGCAGCAUGUUUCAACAAUACAGGCAUGCCAGUGCAGUAACAGUGA